AAAAACUCACUACUACCUAGAUAAUACACCGAAAUGGCCAAAUAUUUUCGUUUCCAGGCUUUACUAAGGUGUAGGAACGUUUUUUAAGCACAUAAAUAUAGGCUAUUUCGGUUUCAAAAGUGGUACAUCUUUUACGCGCGGCCAAAUUCGCACCCCCCUGAUUUCUGACGUAAAAACCUUGACAUCGCUCGCGGCAUAUGUAAAUAUGGCGGCAAAAUGGAAAAUAUAAACACUCGAAAGAGAAAGACUGGCGGUAAUUAUUGUGUGGCUGGUGGCCCUAGCAAGGUUAGUUGUAAGAAUAACAGUUAUACCGAUGGGGUUUCUAUGCAUUACUUUCCCAAAAACGAAGAUCUCAGGAAAAAAUGGACGAAUUUUGUUCGUAAACAUCGAAAAGACUUCGAGCCAUCGAAGAAGUCGUGUUUGUGUUCAGCGCACUUUGAAGACGAAUGCUACGAGAACCGUCCAAGUAUUAGCUUCGCUGACCUACCAAACAUCGACAAACCUCCAAGGUUUAAACAGUUUUUGAUAAAAGGAUCGGUUCCAACAAAGGAUGUCGCAGGAAAAUCCGCACAAUUGUAUGCACCGCCGAGUGCACGCCAGCGAAGACAAAUUUUAAAAGAAUUGAAUGCCUCUCAAGUUGAGACGUUGCCUCAUGAUGCUAACAGUAGUCCCAGCUCAUUACCAAACAAGCCAUCAACUGAAUGGCCAAGUCCUUCUGUCACUCCUGUACAACCUGAACCAAUCACAAGUGCACCAACCAGUACAAGCAAUCUAAGCUCAUCUGAUCAAUACACAUGGUCAAGUCCUGUCACCCCUGUAGGAGCUGCUACUACAGUUCUACAUGCACCUGGGUCCACAAAAAAGCCAGUGUGUCAUAAAUGUGUAAUGCUUAGAAAGAAAUGCACCUCGAUGAAGAGAAAGAACAACAGAUUGAAGGUUCAGAUGCAACAUUUAAAGAAUAAAGUGAAGCAAUUACGGAAGGUGCAGAGAAAAGCAGUGAUGGAAACAGGGUCCCUUGAUGACAAAGACACUACAAUAGCCUUGAUGGACGAUAGCUCUGAUGAUGAAAACGACAAUGGCAGCCAAAAUGAAGAUGAAGAUGAAGAUGAUGAUGACGAUCAUGAUGAUAGUGAUGAUGAUGGAAUGGGAUCUACUGACGAUGAGAUGAAUUUGAAAAGAGACCCUGAUUGGACUGCACUUGAAGAAUGUGAUGCGCAGGACUCUAGUGAUGACGAAGAAGCAAAUGAAGAGCAAGAAAGGGAGCAUGCACAGAAUGAAGUCAGAUUUGAAGCAGAACAACCAGUCUACGAAGAACCUAAAUUUAUUGUUUUCUUGAGCAUGCUAGUAUCAUUGUUUACAAUGUUCUGCUUUAAAUGCAAGGAAAACAAACCCACCAUAAGUGUCCACCGUAAUGGAACCAAGGUGACAAUUUGGCAGCAUUGUCUUAAGUGUGGGAGCAAGGCCUUUAAAUGGGAGUCUCAACCACUGGUUCUUGGGCUGUAUCCAGCAGGGAACAUUCUAAUGAGCUUUGCUACUUUGCUAUCUGGGGCUUCUGUGAGCAAGGUUCUGCUAGUAUUUCGGCACAUGGGACUAUAUGCAUACAGUGUUCGUACGUAUUAUUUCCACCAAAAGAAAUUUAUUCUCCCUGUGAUCCUCAAAUAUUGGGAAAAACACCAAGCUGCACUUGUGGAAGAAGUCAAGACCAUCAAAGAUACAGUUUGGUGUGGGGAUGGAAGAUUUGAUUCGAUGGGCCACAGUGCCAAGUAUGGUGCAUACACUAUGUUUUGUACCACUACACUUAAGGUUGUGCACUUUGAAAUUCUUCAGGCAAAUGAAACAGGAGGCAGCUCACCCAUGGAGCUGGAGGGUGCGAAGAGAGCUUUCGACUAUCUGACAAGAGUUGGAAUCAACAUCCGAGUCUUCAUUACUGACCGCCAUCGAGGCAUUGCAAAAUGGGUCCGUGAACACAAGCCAAACACCUCACAUUUCUAUGAUAUUUGGCAUGUUGCCCGAUCUAUUCAAAAGGUCCUGCUCAAGCUAAGCAAAGAAAAAGGAUGCGAGAAGAUUGCAAAGUGGAUGAAAGCAAUCCGCAACCAUCUGUAUUGGUGUGUGACUUCAACAAAGCAAGGGUUUGAAGAGCUAAUACUAGCCAAGUGGAAUUCAUUCAUGAAUCAUGUAGCAAACAGACAUGAGGGCCACCCUGACCCAUUGUUUAAAAAAUGCUUACAUGGUGAAAUUGACCGUCGCAAGUGGAUUUAUAACGGAACAAAGGCAUAUCAAAAACUUAAUACUGCCUUAACAAAAACUAAACUCCUGAAUGACAUCAAAAAGCUAUCACCUGAUGCUCAAACAAGUAGUCUGGAAGGGUUCCAUGCAACAUUGAAUCACUGGCACCCAAAAAUGAUCUGUUUUAGUUGGCUGGGAACAUAUUGCAGGCAUAUAGUUGCGGCACUCCACUUUAAUGAAAAUGUCCAGAGAAAAUCACAUGUUUGCAAGGAUGGAAAAGAAUCUGUAAGGGUGAUUUUUCCCAAGUACAAGAUGGGAGAAGAAAUUGUUCGAAAAGUUACUGUUCCACCUACCUAUAACUAUGUUGAAGAAAUCAGGAGACUUCUUUUUUCUAUGUCUAAGGCACAGAUUAAAGAACUUGAAUCAGUAAAAGAAAGAUAUGCUGCCAAAACUCCAUCCCCAUUGACUUCACAGUUCACAAAAAGAAAAAGCAAACCAGAAGCAAUAAAGGCUCAUGAACAAAAAAAGAGUAGAACAGCUGCUGAAUUAUUUCCUGCUGUAGCAGAACAACAGGCUUUACAAAAAGAAAUUGCAGCUGCAAAAGCCAAAAGCAAAACUAAGAAGAGGAAAUCUCCCACUUGCAAGACAUGUGGCAAACGUAAAAAAGGACACCCAAGAGGCACUUGUCCAGCAUCUACCUAAGUUUAUCAACUAAACUUAGGGCAUGUUAUGAAAUAAUGAUGUUGUGAAACAAAAUCCCAAGAGAUGUACAUAAGAAAAUUUGUAUUGU